CCUGAAGCAUAUCCUUCCUUCACAAAUCAGUUGUUCAUUGGAGUAUUUCUUUGAAUUUUUUUUUAGCGUUCGCCUGCUUUCAGAGUGAAAGAGAGACGAUGGGUUCUUUGGGUUUCGCGGAUAAGCCUCAUGCAGUUUGUAUUCCCUACCCUGCCCAAGGCCAUAUCAAUCCCAUGCUAAAGCUAGCCAAAAUACUUCACCACAGAGGCUUCCAUAUCACCUUUGUCAACACAGAGUUCAACCACAAACGUCUGCUUAAGGCCAGAGGUCCUGAUGCUCUUAAUGGUCUCCCUUCCUUUCGUUUCGAAACGAUUCCUGACGGCCUCCCUCCGACUGAUGUCGAUGCUACCCAAGACAUUCCAUCCCUGUGCGAGUCCACCAGGAAAACCUGCUUGCCUCACUUUAAACAACUUCUACAUAAGCUCAACGACUCCUCCUCAGCCAACGUUCCUCCUGUCUCUUGCAUUGUUUCGGAUGGGGUCAUGAGCUUCACUCUUGAUGCAGCUGAAGAACUUGGCGUCCCUGAAGUUCUAUUUUGGACCACAAGCGCAUGUGGCUUCCUCGGUUAUGUUCACUAUCGCCAACUAAUGGAAAAGGGUUAUACACCUCUCAAAGAUGAAAGCUAUUUAACGAACGGAUACUUGGAUACUGUCAUAGAUUGGAUACCGGCGAUGGAAGGUAUCAGAUUGAGGGAUCUACCAACAUUUAUCCGGACAACUGACCCGAAUUUCAUUAUGCUUGAUUUCGUUUUCGUUGAAACUGAACGAGCUCUAAAGGCCUCAGCUAUAAUAUUGAAUACAUUUGAUGACUUGGAGCAUGAAAUGUUAGGCGCCCUAUCUCCAAUGCUACCUCCCAUUUAUUCAGUGGGUCCCCUGCAUCUUGCUCUGAAUCAUCAUGUCCAUGAUAAUGAUUUGAAACAACUUGGAUCAAAUCUUUGGAAGGAAGAGCCGGAGUGUAUCCAAUGGCUCGAUUCCAAAGAGCCCAACUCUGUUGUUUACGUGAAUUUCGGAAGCAUCGCUGUCAUGACAGCUGAUCAGCUAACGGAAUUUGCUUGGGGGCUGGCUAAUAGUAACCAAACCUUUUUGUGGGUCAUCAGGCCAGACCUUGUUGGUGGUGAGUCGGCAGUCGUGCCGGCGGAGUUCGUAGCGGAGACCAAAGACAGAGGACUAAUGUCAACUUGGUGCCCACAGGAACAAGUUCUGAGCCACCCUUCUGUUGGAGGAUUCCUAACACAUAGCGGUUGGAAUUCUACGAUUGAGAGCAUAUCUGGUGGCGUUCCCAUGAUAUGUUGGCCAUUUUUUGCCGAGCAACAAACCAACUGUCGAUAUUCUUGUACUAAAUGGGGAAUCGGCAUGGAAAUUAACAGUGAUGUUAAGAGGGAUGAAGUUGAGGGCCUUGUUAGAGAGUUAAUGGAAGGAGAAAAGGGUAAAGAGAUGAAGAAGAAAGCUCUAGAGUGGAAGAGAAAAGCAGAGGAGGCCACCGGCAGUUCCAAAGGGUCAUCUUACAAGAAUCUGGACCAAAUGAUCAACCAAGUUCUGCUGUCUCCAAGAGAUGAGGAUUAAGCCAAAACGCUUUACACUUUUUAAUAAGUAAUUGAAACCUUGACGAGACUUGCUAUCAUUGAGGUGUUAACCAAUAAAAAUAUAGUAUUGAUUUUUGUAUAAUUCUUGUAUUGCUCAUCUUAUGGACACUUAAUUGAGGCAUAUUUGCCUUGUUCGGGAAUGGUUUACGACGAGUUUUUGUUUGGAGUUAUAGAAGCUCUUAUCCGUAUA